AUGAACUAUACUGAUAGUAUAAGUACAAAUUCAACUGAAACGGCUCCAAAUAACACGCCCAGAGUUAUAUACAGAGGAGAUUCUGGCUACAACCGUCAGUUGGCGACGCAGAUAAUAGAGCUGAGUACCACACCUUACGCUGAUAACAACAGGCCUGUGAAUCCAUUAGACCCAGUUAGCCUCAACUCAAUCAACACUGAGUCUAUUGGCUCCAUCAACAGCACCAUCUCCCCCAGGAGCUACGACCCGGAAUCAAACUCCUUCAUACACACGGACGCAAGGGGCUUGGCCUCAAGAUGGUUUGCUCAGACGGCGUCGAGGAUGUCAUCCAAUCCGAGGGGCCAAUCCAACAGUGACUCAAGCGGUCAGGUGUUCAUAAUGAGGAACUACCCGUUCCUAAAGGAAUCUGGGUUCAACCUUCAAAUAGUUUUAAAAAAGAAUUACAGGCGGAUGCUCGUAGUAGUGCUCUUUACGCUCAUAAUCUUAACAGGAUACGCCUUCUCUUUCAAAUUAGUGGAAGCUUUGGACAAAAGGGUGGCCAGGAAGUUUACCGCAAUGCCAAACAGCACACAGACAUCAUUCAAGAAUGUAGUAAGCAGUCAAGACUUAAACCAAGUUAUCGACGAACUCAGGAUGGAGAUCCAGAAGUUGAAGGAAACGUCGUAUAAGAACUCAGUGGCCAUAAACGGGCUGUCGAAUGGACUAUAUAAGGUUCCCGGCUCCGAGGACGAUUCUGAGAGUGCCAAGAAAACCAAGUUCGGAAAAACCAACAACACUGUGAACUUGAGCAAGACGAUUCACAGGCAGGACCUCAAAUCGCCCAAAAGGAGACAGGAAAACUCGGAUUUUGUGCCCGGCACAAUAGCCUAUGAUGCAAGUAUAACACUCCAAUCCUGA